AUGUCUGCUGCAAAGAGUCUCAAACUGUUGAACAGAUUUACGAGCUGCGAUAUUGGCGAUGCAUUGGUCAAGCUCAAAGUUCCCAAUGGCGGAUUCCUUGAUGGAAUCCGCCUGUUCUCGCCUGCCAACAAUGGUCGUAUCAUCGGGCCCGCCGUUACAGUGAAGAUGGUUGAGUCUAGCGACAGCUCAGCCCCAAGGUUAGACAAGCACUUCGUCGAUCACAACCAAGAGGGCGUCAUCAUGUACAUUCAGCAACCCAAGGGGCUUCCUUCCGCGUGCUGGGGUGGUUUGAUGUCUACUAGGGCGCAAUUCCUUGGCACCAAAGGUGUUGUGAUUGACGGGCGCAUGAGGGAUGUCAAUGAGCAUAGGGGCAUGAAAUUUCCUGUAUUCGCCCGCGGUAUCUCCAUCCUUGGCUCAAACACGUUCACAAGAGCCUCUACUGUUAACGAGCCUCUUCAAUUUAAGGAUGACUUGUGGGUCAAUCCUGGCGAUCUGCUCGUGUGUGACGAUGAUGGCUGUGUCGCAGUGCCGCUGUCGUUGGUUGAUAAGGUUGCUGAGCUUUGUGAAGCCCGGGCCGAAGUGGAUGAGAUUACGUUUGAUAAACUUCGCAAAGGGGAAGAAAUGGGCGAACUUAUCCAGACCAUUCGUAAGGAUAAGUAG